CUCAAUAUCGCGGAGUUUCCAAGUAUCUGUCUUUUUCUCUCCUCUUUCCUAUCACUCAUGUUUUCUCCUUCUGUCUCUCAUGGCCAAGCAUUGGGACAGGAAUGCUGACGGCGAGAAAUGGCAAGCAAGGUUAGGUAGAGGCAAAGGAUUGCGAGGCAUUUACUUAGGGACAUUCAAGACCGAAGAUGAAGCAGCUAGGGCUUAUGACAUUGCUUCGAUAAGGCUUAAUGGCAUGGAGGCAAUUACCAAUUUUGAUCUUGGUCAGUACAAUGUCAUGAGCAUACUGGCAAGUAAUAAGCUCCCGAUUGGUGAAGGUGCUUCAAAGUACGUAAAAAAUACUUCAGUGGAUGAAGUUCUUUCAAAGAGGAAGGCAAAGAAGGUACCGGACGUGCCGGAAGAUGGAAACUCGAGAAGCCCCCAGCCUGACCCUGAAGUUCAACCAUCUGACGAGCAGAUUCAGAAUCUAACAGCCCCGGGACAGCAAAAUCUUCAAUUUCAUCGGAGUUACACUUCUGCCAACCAUGGCCAACAUCUAGACCAUCAAAACCCUAGCUCCUCCCUUCUUCGUGCCCAUGAAAACCCUAAUUUUCAAACCAACCCCAAUUCUGCCCAUGGAUUUGGUAGUGGGAUUCAGCAACUAAACCCAGUUGAACAAACGCCGAUUCAACCAGCCCCAGAGAACCAGUAUCUUCGGUUCCGGCAAAAUCACAGUCGUAUCAACCAGGUCCAGGAUCAAAACCCUAGCUCCUUCCUUCUUGGUGGCUACCAAAACCCUAACUUUCAACCUAUCCAUAAUUUUCUUGGGUUUACUAGCACUGGUAGUGGGAUGACAACCAGUGGGAAUUUGGGGCGAUUUUCUACUAUUCACGGAGCUGGUAAGACUUACAGCUUUGGACUUAUGAGGGGGAUUUCACCAUUGCCACCAUCUCAACAGUUUCAGACCCUACCAACCCCGCAGUACGAAAACUUUUUCCUCGACGCCCUGGAGCAAAACCCUAGAUUCUUCGGGCUCCGUGGUAUCCAAAACCCUCCUCCUCAGCCCAGCCCUGGUUUCUUUGAUGGAUUGACUAGCCCUGCAAGGGGAACCAGAACCAACGCCGAUUUCAACGGGCGGAGGAGCUGGAUGUUGGAGGGGAAUACAACAGUGACUGUAACUGGAAAUAAUUCUACUGAUAUGGCAGGUGGCGUGGUGCAAACAAAUGGAACUACUGUUGGAGAAGACUUGGCCCCGGAAAAUGCAGAAGAUGGAUGGUGGAUUGAAGAUUUUCCAGCAGACAAAACUGAGUUUGAUGUCCCUUCCAGCUCAGUUAAGAGUUUCUCAGCAGACCCAAGCCGUCCUGGUCUCAAUAUGUAAAGAUUAUGUGGCUACACUUGAACACACUGGUGUAAUUUCAUGACAUAGAGCUUGUUAUACGGGUAGUGUUAAACUUGAACCUUUAUAUAAUGAUAUGAUGCUUAAUUAAGCGGUCCAUU